CCAAUCCUGCGGCCAUGGUUGCGCUCAAGGGCAUCCCGAAGGUGCUGUCCCCUGAGCUGUUGUUCGCGCUUGCGCGGAUGGGGCAUGGAGACGAAAUUGUCCUUGCUGAUGCAAACUUCCCUACCUCCUCCAUCUGCCAGUGUGGGCCUGUGGAGAUCCGAGCAGAUGGCCUGGACAUCCCACAGCUCCUGGAGGCUGUGCUGAAGCUCCUGCCCCUGGACACCUAUGUGGAAAGCCCGGCUGCUGUCAUGGACCUGGUGCCCAGUGACAAGGACAAGGGCCUGCAGACCCCGAUAUGGAAGCAUUAUGAAUCUCUUCUUCUCGAAGCUGACUGUAAGAAAGCCCCAAUGAAGAUAGAGAGAUUUGAAUUUUACGAACGUGCAAAAAAGGCAUUUGCUGUGGUUGCAACCGGGGAGAUGGCACUCUAUGGGAACAUCAUCCUCAAGAAGGGAACUCUUGACCUUGGACCCUCAUAGAGACCACUCCAGGCUGACCAUGGGCUGUGCCUGAACCCAAUCAGCACACCUUCCCUUGGCAGAAACCAGACCUGGGCAUCGGUCUCGGGUUCAAGAAGAUGGCAGCUCUGGAGAGACUCUGGUACCCUGACAAGUUCCCCCUUCCAUGACUUGUGAGAUUGAUGGAGGGAGAGUAGCCACUGUCAAGCUUUAAUCUAAAGGUUUUGUACUUGUAAACUUGUCUUGUGAGUUCUAUGGAUGCCAUCAGCUCCCAAGUAAGCAUCUCCUAUGCAUCCGUGAUGAAUCCUCAGUUAGAAAAUCCACAUGGAAAGAAGCAUGGGGCUGAUUUGAGGGCCGGGAGUUGGACAGGAGCUAGGCCUGGGUAGGAACCUGGGAGCUGGAUUGGGUCUGUGGCUGUAGCAUGGGCCUAGGUCUAGUGGUUAAUGUUGGGUAAGAUGCACAUCAGGGGGCUGCAGCUGGUUGCACUGGGUACUUGUAUGGAGUGGGAGCUUCUGCAUUACCCACUUGGAUUGCAAAAUACAGUGAUUCUUGACUAGGCCCAAUCUCUGAGCUCCGAGCCAGAGGGCAAGUGACAGAGCUGGGCUGAACAUCUUAGAUAGGAGCUCUGACACUCAGAGAUGACUGCUCGGCUGCAAGGGAUGGUAUACUGUCCUCUCUGGUUCAAGGUCAGAGAGGUCUGGGUGUGGGCUAGAUCCCAUGCAGAUGUUUGGUAGGUUGAGCACCCACUACCUAUGCAUGAGCAGCUAUGUUAGGCCCAGGAACUCAGAUGCAACGUGGCUGCUCCCAGCUUUGACUCCUCAGUUGUCCCAGGAGGUAAAGGAUCCUCUGAGGCUCAGUAUAGACAGAAAUAGGAAGAUCAGAGAGGAAGCACCUAGGCAGACAAGAAACAAUUUCCCUACUGAGUGCUUGGACUGGAUCUCCAGCACUCGUCUACAGACUAUUGGUGAAUGUUCAUAACAGCUUUUUCUGUACUUGCCAAAAGUGGCAAACCAACUGAGUUCAGCGGGUGAGUAGACAGUCCCUUUGAUAGGGCAAGUGUUCUUAUCUUUCCAGCCCCAGUUACAUCCUUUAGGAGGAAACGGCCACAGAGGUUCCUGGCUCAGGCAAAGCUAGAAUGAAACCUGGCCACAGUCACCAUCCUGGGCCAGAUGCUUUUGGUCCCAAUAAAACACCAGGCAUUUGGCAUACCAGCAUCUGCAGGUCCUCUACUUAGAUUCAGGGAAUGGGGGAGGUGAGACAGCUCAAAUUUUGAUCAUGGAUCCAACCUCAUGGGCACUAGACAGUGCUUCACAAGGCACUCCUUCCAGACCACCUGGGCCU